ACUAGUUCGGUGCGGCAGCCAGCCAGGAUGUUGCACCGUAAGUUCUCAGCUCCAAGACAUGGAUCCCUUGGCUUUCUGCCCCGCAAACGCAGCCGUCGACAUCGGGGCAAAGUGAAGAGUUUUCCCAAGGAUGACCCCAGCAAACCCAUCCACCUCACUGCCUUUCUUGGGUACAAGUCUGCCAUGACCCACAUUGUCCGGGAAGUGGACAGACCUGGAUCUAAGGUGAACAAGAAGGAAGUUGUAGAGGCAGUCACUGUGGUAGAGACUCCUCCCAUAGUCAUUGUGGGCAUCGUGGGCUACGUGCAGACUCCACGUGGCCUCCGCACCUUCAAGACCAUCUUCGCUGAGCACAUCAGACAAGCCCUCAGUGAUGAGUGCAAGAGACGCUUCUACAAGAACUGGCACAAGUCCAAGAAGAAGGCCUUCACCAAGUAUUGCAAGAAGUGGCAGGAUGAGGAGGGCUAA